ACGCCAGCGAGGCAGCGAGUGCUUGAGCAGUGAAUUAACCACGCUUCCUCAGAUGACCGUCGCAAGGAGGGGUUGAAUAAUGCGGCUUCAGGCAACUUAUCUCUUCUUGGCAUCUGUUGUCCCCGCCUCAUGGGCAAUUCUUGCUGACGAGGCCUACCACAUCGACUAUCACCAUGCUCUUCUAGGAACCCCCCAAGCUCAUACAACCUUCUUCCACAGGCCGAGCACUUCCUCAAGUGCCUCGCUACUCUAUACUCUUUCCGAACAGUCAAUACUUGGCGCCGUAAAUCCGAAGGACGGGUCCCUUGUGUGGCGCCAGAAUCUAUCGGACUAUUCCGUCGGAGUUGCUUCGUCUAGGCUCUUAGAGGCUGUAGACGGAGAAGACGCCGUUGUCAGUGCGACGGGGAGCAAUGUUCUGGCCUGGGGCGCAUCUGAUGGAAAGCUUCUAUGGACUACACGCCUUGAUGACGCUUCAAUUGUCGAUUUAAAGCUCACUGCAUCUCAGAGUGCAGAUCCGGCGCAAGCUGUGCAUGAUUCCAUUGUACUGUCUGCAAACAAAUAUGGCAUUAUUAGAAGGCUGGACGGUGUAUCAGGGAGCGUUAAAUGGGAGUACAAAGAUACUAGUGAUGAUAUCCCUUUGCGAUUGACGAUAUCACCGACCACGGCCUAUUAUAUUUCCCUGCAGCCUAUUUCCCGAAAUGGUUACAAAAUCAAAGUAGUAGCUUUAGAUAUUCAAACCGGACGCUUUAACAAUCAAUACAUUCUCAGUACAGAGAAUGAGGUCUUAUCCCCUGAGUCAAUAAUACACGCCAGCAGUAAUGCAGCUACUCCGUUAAUUGUGUGGCCGGAUCAAGACGCAAAGGUUUUGAAAGUCAAUAUCAUCGGAUCCAAAUCUGUCCACGCUGUCAGUAUCGAAAAUAACAGCGGGGAAACCAUCCAAGACAUCAAAGUCCAAACAUCAUCCACCGUGCCGCAUUUUGUCGUGCAAUACAACACUGCAACCAAAUCUUGGGCAGAUGUACUCCACCUUGACAGCAAAUCAGCAGCAAUUUCCAGAGCAUAUCAGCUCCCUCUUCUCGACUCAAAAUCCAUACUUGCUUCACGUACAGUCAAUGAUAAGUUUUACCUUGCCCGCAUAACGAGCUCAGCCGUGGACCUAUUUUCAUCCGCGUCAAGGGACGUCCUUGGAACAUGGAAAAUCAAAGGCAGCCCUGGGGAGGCCCAGCAUGCAGUGCUGGAAGUGGUUGCCCGUGAUGCUGGCUACGCAAUUCGUUUUGCGCAAGUUAACGAAGGUGGAGACUGGAUCCUGGUUCGCAACGGUGAACUUGCGUGGCAUCGACCUGAGUCAUUAACGGAUGCGAUUAUUGCUGCUUGGGCUGACUUGGACGGUGGUGAAGCCCUCGCUCAUGAACUGGAGUUUGAGGGGCAUCAGGAUGUCCUCUCGGCUUACAUUCACCGUGUUAGACGGCAUGCAAAAGAUUUGCAAGAGAAUUUGCUUCCGUGGCUACAAGAACUUCCAACCAAAAUCUUGUCGAGCUUCUUGCCAAGUGAGGAUACAGAGCUCACCAAGUUUGGAUUUGGAAAACUGCUCAUCGUUGCAACCCGAAAGGGACGCAUUUUAGCCUUGGACUCCGGUCGCCACGGUGCUAUUCUUUGGAAUAUUAAAGCUGUUGACGAUCUGGCACCAUGGGGUGCAAAUACUAUCCUGACCCAGCGCGAGAUCGCGAUCGUCUUUGUGACCGAUGGCAGUUUCGUUACGGUAAACAUUACGUCUGGUAAAAUUAUUGAAAGCUCACCGUCGACUGGAAGGUAUUCUUCAAUAGUGUUGAUGCCAGAUACAGUCUCGUUAAUCCCAGUCGCAAUUAAAUCUGAUGGCGUACCGUCGGAAUCAUCGCUGCAAUUUACCGGCAAUAAAAUUCUUGUGACACUCAGCGACGAUGGGAAAUUGAUGGGCUGGGACGGUGCGAAUAUGAAAAGUCCGGCAUGGGAAUUUCUCCCUCCAAAGGGCCAGAAAAUCAUUCGUGCCACCGCAAGACCGGCCCACGACCCAGUUGCAUCCAUUGGCAAAGUAUUGGGAGACAGAUCUGUUCUUUACAAAUAUUUGAACCCCAAUCUCACCCUAAUCACGGCGGUUGCUGGCUCUACCGUCACCUUUUACCUUUUAGAUGGUGUUUCUGGUCAGAUAUUGUACACUACAAGCCAGGAUGGGGUUGAUGUCUCUCAGCCAAUCGCUUCCGUUAUUUCGGAGAAUUGGUUCGCAUAUUCUUUCUGGGCUGAUAUCACCAAUACCUCAGAUGCUAAAGGCUACCGCCUUGUUAUCUCUGAGCUGUAUGAGUCGUCUAUACCAAACGAUCGUGGCUUGUUGGACAACGCGGCAAACUACUCCAGCAUUUACGCUAGCACGGGUCUUCCUCGACCAUAUGUCAUCUCGCAGGCAUACAUGAUAUCAGAAGCGAUUUCCAACAUGGCAGUUACAGAAACUCGCCAAGGAAUUACAGUCAGACAAUUGCUCUGCACACUUCCUUCCUCUAAUGCCAUUAUCGGUAUACCACGAUUCGUCCUCGAUCCCCGACGACCUGUUAAUCGUGACCCUACUUCCCAAGAAGUAGAGGAAGGGCUAGUGAGAUACACUCCUUUCCUAGGGUUUGAUCCCAAAUGGUAUCUUAAUCACGCCCGCGAAGUGGUUGGUAUUAAACAUAUAGAAUCCAGCCCGACAUUGCUGGAGAGCUCAACGCUAGUAUUUGCGUACGGUUUCGAUGUUUUUGGCACGAGGCUGGCUCCUAGCCAGCCGUUUGACCUUUUGGGUAAGGGAUUCUCCAAAAUCCAGCUGGUCCUCACCGUUGUAGCGUUGGCUGUGGGAGUCGCGGUGUUGGCACCUAUGGUCCGACAAAAGCAAGUUAACUUAAAAUGGAAAUCAUAA